UAGUAGAAGAGGGAAUGAACAGUUCUCGAUGGAGAGUAAACAGUUAAAGUUGAAAAUUACAAUUCUCCGAUAAUUCUCUAAUUUAUAAAUAUAUGUGAUUCUUCCUCCCACGCAUUAAUCAUAAUCGAUAACCGCGUGACAAAAAAACACCGAUAAAACAGUUUUACUAAAAAAUAAUAUUAUCGAGAAGAAAUAAUUUAUCAAAAAAAAAAAAAAAAAAUGUUUGGAAUAUUUAAUAUAAAGUGAAUUCCUGGAACAAAGUGCAACGAUUGAUGCGUCAACAAAGUUGUCUGCAAAACUAAAGAAAAAAAAAAUUCUCUGCAAGACAAAUGAAUUUCGUAUGUGAAAACAAAAAAAAUUUUUGAUUAGAUUUAAAAUAUUUAAUUAAUUUGUUUUUUAUAUUACUUACGAUGAUAUAUUUGUCAUCAGAAAAUACCAGAUGGAUUAUUAUUGAUUCCAAGCAAUCGUGUUGUUUGUUUAUUAUUAAUAAUUGAUUCCAAUUUUGAAUAUGAUUUGGACGAGGAGGUAUUUAAAUGCCAUUCGAUGAUUUAGGCAAAAGUAUUGAGAGUAUGGUGACUCUGGACCAAAAGCAGCAUCAACAAAAUCGUCAAGAACAGGACCAAAUUGAGAAUGACGAUCAUCACAUUUCCAAAUUAAAUUCCAAUGAUGAAUUCCAAAAAAAUUUUCGUAAUCUAAAAACAUUGAAUGGAAUUAGAAAAAAUAAUGAAGAAAUAAUAGAAGAAGUAGAAGAAGUAGAAGAAGAAUUGGAAAUAAAAGAAAUUAAGAAAAAAGAAGAAAAUGAGGCAAAUGUUGUAAAUUCCGAUGAUUAUUAUUUGGAUAUUGAAAGUUAUGAUGAAUCAACGGCAAGUAGUGACGUGGAGGAAGAUUUGGAAGAAAAUGUUCUUCGCGAUAGGGGAUGGAUUUCCGAAAUUCCGAGUGCUUCACCCCAAUCAUUAUGUGAGAUAGGUACCGGUAAUGGUGUUGCAUUACCAACAGUGGAAGCACCAUGUUUUGGUGAUGUUUGUGUAAAAAAUUCCAAUAACGUUCAUUUGGGUAGCAAAACAUUUUACAAGGGACCAGUGACAAUUAAACAAUUUGUCUACAGUAAUUCCGAAUUUAAAAAAGAUGAGGAAUUGGGAGAUGAUGAGAAACGGGACUCAGUGCCAAGUCAAAAUAUUAGUCAAACUUCUGAUGUGCCACUUAAUUCUGAAUUUGUCAAAGUUAAACAAUGGCUGAUAACAUGGAAAUGGGCUGCAAUAUUUUGUACAAUAGCCUUAAUGUUCGUGACAAUCAUUGUUAUGAUUGUAUUAACAUCAAAACAUAAUAAUAAAACUCCUCAUCUUCCUAUAUACCCGGAAUUACCUGAUUCAUCAACUGGCGGUGAUGUUUGGAUUCAUGGUGUUAAAAUAAUUCCACGUGAUCAAUGGAUCGCUCAAAUUCCAUCUCAACCUCGAGAAACAUUAAUUACACCGGUGAAAUAUGUAUUCAUCAGUCAUACGGCAACGGAUUUCUGUAAUAGUCAAGCACAAUGUGUACAUCGAGUAAGAUAUAUUCAAACAUUUCAUAUGUCAUCAAAUCAUUGGGCAGAUAUUGCAUAUAAUUUUCUUGUUGGUGGAGAUGGUAAUAUUUAUGAGGGUCGAAGUUGGGAUACUGUUGGUGCUCAUACAUUUAAUUAUAAUAAUAUAAGCAUUGGCAUAUCGUUUAUUGGUACAUUUAAUGAUUAUAUACCACCGAAAAGUCAACUUUUUGCGGCACAAAAAUUAAUUGAAAAAGGCGUUGAACUUGGUAAAAUAAAUAAAAAUUAUACAUUAUUGGCACAUCGUCAAGUGUCAAAAACUGAAAGUCCAGGCGAUGCUCUUUUUACAGUUAUUAAAAAAUGGCCUCAUUGGUCGCAAACACCAUAAAAAUAUUAUUUUGUGAAAAAAAAGCAAAAAAUUGUCGAAUAUUUUUUAGAACUGAAUUUAAUUAUCUCAUUUAUCUUAUAACGAAUUUAUCUAAUUUUUAAAAAAUUAAUUUUAAUUGAGUUUUUCUGUGAUUAUAAACAAUAAGUAAAGAAAUAUUUCUUUUUUGUAAGUAAAAUUUGAAAACGAUUAAAAUAAAGGAAAAUAUAUGUAUAUA